CGGGCCCCCAGGCGGGGCGACAGGCAUCGGGCCCCCAGGCGGGGCGACAGGCAUCGGGCCCCCAAGCGGGGCGGCGGGGCCGGGCCCCCAGGAGGGGCGACAGGCAUCGGGCCCCCAGGCGGGGCGACAGGCAUCGGGCCCCCAGGCGGGGCGACAGGCAUCAGGCCCCCAGGCGGAGCGACAGGUCUCAGGCCCCCAGGCGGGCGACAGGUCUCAGGCCCCCAGGCGGAGCGGCGGGCGCCGGACCCCCAGGGAGGAGGGCGACAGGCUCGACAGGGGCCCCCAGGCGGAGCGGCGGGCACCGAGCCCCCAGGCGGGGCG